GCCCAGCGCAGACAAGCCCCGCCCACAGAGGGGAGCUUCAAUCGGCGUUUCCACUUUACCAGCGUUCUUGCAAACUUUGACCGCCGGCGCCGGAAAUACUACGCAUGCGCCAUCCCUUUGCAUGGUGAGCCUCCUGAUUCUAGCUGCCGCAGCGGCAACUGUGGUGAUCUUGCUGCUAGUCGUGAGACUAUGGGCGGUCAUUCGGCCCCUUCACGUCGUUUCCCGAGAGUCUCUCACACCCUUGAUAGUAGCUGGAUCCGGUGGACAUACCACUGAGAUUCUGAGGCUGGUUGGAAGCUUGUCCGGGGCUUACUCACCUAGGCACUAUGUCAUCGCUGACUCUGAUGAAAUGAGUGCCAAGAAAAUUGAAUCUUUUGAACAUGCUCGAACCAAGAGAGACUCUCCUCCUGAGCACUGCCUUCACCGAAUUCCAAGAAGCCGGGAAGUGCGGCAGUCCUGGCUCUCCUCGGUGUUCACCACCUUGCACUCCAUGUGGUUUUCCUUUCCCCUGGUUUACCAUCUGAAGCCAGAUUUGGAAACAGGCUCCCGCCGUGUAGCUCUGGCUACUCUUGAACUGGAAGAGAUCCACCUGCCUCUUCCUUCUGAACCCUGGGAUUAAAGGGGUGCUUCAACAUGCCUGCCUUUCAUUACUGACACAGCCUUACUUAUUCCUGGCGGUGAGUUCAAUGAGAAGAACCCAGCUGCACUGACAGAACCCACCAGAACCAACAGUACUCCACUCAGGCUGACCUCCAACUCAAACUCACAGCAAUCCUCUUGGUGCUGGGAUCGCAAGAACAUUAGCUUGUAUUUGGGAAAUAAAACUCAUAUCAGAACUGAAACCUGUCCUACGUUUGCUCCAGAACGCCAAGUAGGGAGGUGGUGACCUUGGUCAUAUUAGGAACCUGAGUUGCAGCCUUCAAGCCACUGAAACAGGUAUGAAUUCUAUCUAGUAGUUGUGGCUAAGUAAAUGGGUUAACCUUUGGGAGUCCUACAGUCCAGUGUGGUCCCACGAGCACAGGCAAGGGGCAAUGUUCUGUUCUCACCUUCCUCUAUCAGUUUGCCUUUGAGAUCAGAAGAAAGGAAGGGUACAGGAAAGAAGACAGAGUGCUGAUUCAAAGAGAUCCCUGAUUAAAAAAAGCAAACAAAAGCAGGUAGACUCCUUAUUCAAGGCAGUCCUCUAAUUAAAAAUAAAGGAACAAACAAAAACUAGGCAGAGCAACAGCCACUUAAGACUUUCGGACUGGGUGAACUCCCUUCCUCUAAAGAUGUUAGCAGAGGGUAACUGGUGCGAAUCCAGAAAAGGACCUGAAAAGCCCCCAAGGUUUUGUCACAAUACUUUCCCAAUUUGUUUCGCACUGCUUUUAAAGUUUAGACAGAACGAGCAGGAAUUUGGCAAAGAACUUUGACCGAGGCAGAGGUCAGACCCACAGGUGCGGCAGCUGCGUGGGGAGGGAGGACCUGGCAGGUGUUGAUGCAGGCCUCCCUGUGCCAGACAUGUGGGCUCGGAGGCUGCUCCAGG